AACCCGUAUAUAUAUUUCUGUUACAUUACGUGAGUUGCCGAGCUUCGUGCAUUAUUUUGAUAUAAAUAUUACAAACAAACUACUCAUAAACGUGAAUUAAUAAGACGUAUGGCGAUGAAUUCCUUGUCAAUAUCAACUUUUGAUGGUCCAUACACAGAAGACAGAUAUAAUAAGUUUUUUAAUCCAAACGUUUGUCAUGUUUGCAAACAGCCCAGCGAAGACUUGAUAACGUGUAAUCGGUGCUACAUGAUUUCUUACUGUUCCGAGGAGCAUGAGGCGAUGCACAGAAACACACACUCUCAGAUUUGCAAAGCUAUAGGAAAGACAAACAUAAGGCGCUGCAACAUUUGCUAUUCUGCUAAUUUUUGUGAUGAUGACCAAAUACUAUUUAAAAAAUUGCAUGAUAAGUGCUGCGAUGAGUUGUUGCAAUUACUGAACAUAAAUAUCGCCCAUAUAAACGGCCAUUUUGAAGGAAUUUUACCUGAAAUCAAAAAAUCAAAGUUCACCAAAUUUCCUGCUACGGCACCUUUUUAUGACACUUUUACAUUUAUGAAAAAUUACCUACCCAAUUAUUCUGUAUUGCCUGCUUAUGAGUUGACUUUAGACCAUUCUAUCCUAAGGUUCCACUUUUCAUUAGAGCAACUUAUUUUUUCUGAUAACGCAUCCGACCCGCUGACGUUAUACAAUGCGUUGCAGGAAUCAAAUUUAAUAUCUCGUUUAUGGUAUAGAAUUAAAUAUGUCAUUCAUGUAAUAGAUGUAAAUAAAACAGAUAUAACAUCUUUGGAAACGUGGCAUAUUUUCUUACAUUUAUAUAGAAAAAUAAGGGAACUGUAUAUUGUAUUUAUAAAUUCGUUAAAUUUUGAAUCGAGCGAUUUAGGCUUUGUGUGUAGUACGUGCAAGACUUAUAAACAGAAACUUUAUAUUAGAAGCGUAUCAGAACCGUAUCACGAUUUUGUACGCUUAGAUUCAUAUGAAAAACCGAAUGUGAUCAUACUGUUUCAAAUAGAAUGGCUUUUCUUAGAUACAUGGUCUAAACCUUUAGAAGCAAUAAUAGCGCAAGAGUGUCCGUUACUUUUAACCGCUAUUUCGGAAAAUACAGUACAAGAAUGCAUAGACAAGAUACAAAAACAAACAGGUACAACCAGAAAUCGAUUACACAGAGAAAAUAAAUUCCGCGGUUAUAUGCCGUAUAGAAAUUAUAUGACUGGUGGAUUUUAUUACCGAAAUACGCAUUUUAUUAUGUUUUCAUAAAUUAAAUCACAUGAUCGACCUAGGCAGAAGGUUAUGUAUUGUUUAAUCCUAUUUAUAUUUUGAUAUAGUUAAUGAUAUAUAAUUUUUAAUAAUAUUCGGGAAUAAAUUAGAAACUUUUUACUGAAGCAUAUAUUCAGUCAUAAAUUGAUAAUAUUUUUAUUAAAAUAAAUUUGCUCAUUUGUCAGUAUAUAAUUAAUUAGUAUAAGGUGUGUUAGUAUAUAAUUUCUCAUUUUCUCAAAAUAUGUAAAGAAUGUUGAAUAUGAAAUAAUAGAUUGCGGGCUAUAUGUAUAUAGUUUCUUUAAAUUCUACAAUUUGUCACAUUCUGUACCAUACUUAUAGGCAAUAUUAUAUGCAGCUACGAUCAUUCUAUGUCUAUAACUGAGUUGUAUGUAAUUGUCUUACAAAUCUCUAUUUCAUUGAUCAUGUUCUACAAGUGAUAGGUGCUGAUAGUAAUCUCAAUGUUUCAUGUAGAUUAUUUUCUUCAAACUGUACCUUGUAAACAAAUAUUAUAACUUGUUAAUAUCGACUUUUCCAAUUUAAAUUGUCAAAAUAUGUUAAAAAAUAUGAAAAUAGACCUGGAAUUGUUAGCGUCUCUCGAUCAUCGUUAUCUUCUGUAAUUGCAAAAUUAAAUACAAGUGUAAUUAUCGUCGGCAAUGAAAUAUAAGUCUUUUAAUAGUA